UCUUGACACUAUUUAACGAAUUGACGCGCGCCGUGUGAUAUUUAGAAAACGUUUAGUUUUUAAAUAACUGCUGACACAUAUAUUGUAUAUAUGUCAACUAGAUGCAGUUAAUAACUAUACAGGAGUGUAGAUUUUAGUCAUAUUACAAACGAUACAACGUUUAUUUAUUGUGCACUAUUUUUGUGUGCGGCAGAAUAUGCAAAGUGAAAAGCUGUAAUAGGUACAGACUUCACUUGAAUUUGUUGACAGCGCGUGGAUUUCGACAGCUUCGCUACUUGCUUUUUUCAGUUCUUGACCGACCUUUACCAACAACAAUGACUGAAACAACAUCAAAAGAUCAGCAACUUGCUGAAUUACAGAAUGAAAGAGAUCAGUUGAUGAGCGCAGGCCACCAACUUGCUGUUCAGUUAAUUGACGAUGGUGAAAAUUAAAAAGGUACAAGACACUGAAGGGGAUGAGAUUAUUAAAAGCCCAAAAGGUUUUAAAUUUAUUGAUCUUACACAUGACAAACCCAUCAGAGUCUCUGAGAGAGUUAUUGUGCCAGUAAAGGACCAUCCAAAAUUUAACUUCAUUGGCAAAAUUCUUGGUCCACGUGGCAAUUCCUUGAAAAGAAUGCAGACAGAAACUGGUACAAAAAUAUCCAUUCUUGGGAAAGGAUCUAUGAGAGAUAAAAAAAGGGAAGAUGACCUGAGAGCUGGUGGCGAAGCUAAAUUUAGCCAUUUGAGUGAAGAGUUGCACAUUCUUGUUGAAGCAUAUUCAUUACCACCUGAUGCUCAUACUAGAGUUGGACAUGCCUUAAGAGAGCUACGAAAAUACUUAAUACCUGAUAACAAUGAUGACAUCAGACAGGAUCAGUUGAGAGAACUUGCAGUUAUAAAUGGCACGCUUGAUGCUCCCCCUUCGGGACGUGGUGGUCGUGGAGGGCCAAUGAGAGGCAGGGGUGGACCAGGUGGUUCUGGACGUGGCGGCUCUGGAUUUAGAGGAGGGAUGUCGUCCGGGCCAAGAGGGCCAGCACCUGCUGGGGGCAGAGGUGGUUUUGGUAGCAGUGCACGUGGUGGAUCAAUGUUUGGCAGUCCGGGUGCUGGAAGGCCGAGUAAGCCAGAUUCAUUUGGAUUUGAGGAGCCGUACGAACAGAGCUACGACCAGUUUUUUGAUUCUUCUUCAUCAUAUAUGGACAAUUCAGGUGCAAGUGGUGGCGAUGAUGGUUACUAUGACUCCAGCUACCCAAGUGGGGGUGGUGGUAAUGAUUUUGGGCAAAGCUAUGGUGGUGAUCAAAGCUGGAGUAGUGGUGGUGCCCGCUUCAAAUCUCCACCAAUCAAACCUGGUCCAAGAACCCAUCCAUAUUCACGAUUUUAAACCAAGUGUCCGACUAAAAGGUAGCUAUUGCCAAGUUGUUACCACCAGUUCUUAUCAAAGUCUAAAUAUAUUUGAGUAUAAAACAUUGUAAAAUGUCUGCAUUGUAAACGGACAGUAAGAUUUUAAUAAUUUUGAAGCAUAGAUGAAGUAAAAAGUUUAAAAGAUAAACAUUGAGUAAAUGAUUUAAAUUUCAUUGCUUCAGAUAUUAUUUAAAUGUUAGUGAUCAUAAUUACCUGUAGUUUGUCAUAUUCAUAAGUGUUAAUAUUUUGCUGCCAUUUAUAUGAAAAACUGUUGAAUUGUUUUUAAUUAGAAGGCUUUAAAUCGUGUAUACUAUGCCUGUCCAGUGAUCAUUAAAACAACAAUCAUGCAUUUUCUCUCACUGACCCCAUUUAAACUGGGAUAUUAACAUGUUAAGUUUGUUUUAACAUUGAAGGAAUACCAAACAAGAUAUUCAAUAGAGUAAUACAGGAGUGUGUUCAACGAUCCUGAUUUAACACUGCAGAGUAUUUAUUUUUGUCGCUUCUAGCUGUUUAUUUGUUCUUCUGAUAUACACACUUAAUUAAAUUUCUAACUUAAAGCUGAAGCUAGCACAGCAGUUCAUUGAACACUUGUGAUAAUUGAACUGAACCGUUUCAGUUUGAAAUGUUAUUUAUAAUAUAGGUGUUAUACUGGUACUACUUAUUGUUAAACUCUCCUGGUCAUUUUCUUAUCUUAAAAUUCAUUUUUGUCAACAAGAUUAUAUGUAUUCUUUAUUUUUAUUAGUUAUUAGAAACCGUAGUUGUAAUUAUGUCAUAAAGUUGUCUUUUUAUUUCAUCUAUAACUGUCCAAGCCGUAACUCUUCUAAGUUUUUAAGAAAAUAAAGUUAUUCUAUAAAUAAAAUUGUUAAUUCUGAAUUUUAGGGAUUUUCAAUUUAAUUCGAAA